GACAUAGAAGUCUUGAAGUAUGACUUUUAAAAUCAUUUUGAAGUGCAGUUGAUUAGCAGUUUAACUUGUAAUUAUCACCUCUAGCUCUUCUUUUAUUUCUUUUCAUCGGAAUGUACGCCUGCUCUGAAAAUUCUGACCACAUACCUCGAAACAUAAGGGCAUCAAAAUGGCUGUGGUAAACAAAUGGAAUAUUCCACAUAUUAGUCUAUUAUCAUGGAGGCGAUUUUGAAACGAUUGAUGACAGGAGGUCUCAACGGACAUUGCAUAAAAAUAAGGUUCUCUAGAGGUUGACUUGAUAUUUGGUUAUCGGUACAGCCAAGAUGGCAAGUAAGAGGUCGAGCUGUUUAUUUGGAAACGCAAGUCCUUGAGAUAGAACCAUGGAUAGCUUGACAAUUCCAUCGAACUUCCAAAGUACAACAAAGCCUAAAGCAACCACUGGGAACAACAAUGGAAACUUAAAAAGUAUUCGCUCCGUCGUACUGGGAAAGGAUGGAGUAGGAAAAUCAGCCUUCACAGUCAGACUUCUCACAAAGCGAUACAUUGGAGAAUACGACAGCACUUUAGAAGAAACAUAUCGUCAUCGCGUUGAAGUGGACGGACAAAAAAUCCUUUUAGAAAUCUUGGACACUGCGGGACAAAACUCUGUGGAAAAGAUCGAUGCAUGUUCCUCGGCAGAUGUAUAUUUCGUUCUUUAUUCAACGACAGAUCGUUCGUCGUUCAGAGAAGCGGCUCUAAUCACUAAGUACCUCCUUGAGACAAGAAACGUCAAUCGGGCCGCGAUAUUUCUAAUAGCUACCAAAAAGGAUCUUAAAUACGAACAGGAUGUGACAGAAUACGAAGGAAGAUUAUUAGCGAUGGAGCUCGGAUGUGAGUUUUACACCAUUUCAAGCUACGAAGGGUUUGAUGGUACGCAAGAUGUUCUACGCGGUUCGCUUCGAUUCUCUCUAAAUAAUAAGGGAAAUGGUUCAAAAUCUCCACUUAUGACGCGGAUGAGAAAAGGACUAAAACACAGGUCGCACACAAGUAGUCCCACUCCACAAGUGAUUGAAAACAGGGACAGGACUUCGACUCUUUGAUUUAUCACGUCACCAAGAACUGCGCUGUGCUAGGUGAAGAAAAUAGUUUUACGUGACAACAUCUGGGCUAAUUCACCUCAAGGGAAAGAAAACGUUUCAGAACAAUUUUAAAUAAAAUCUCCCUCGACUCAAAUCAUUUGUAAUGAUUGCAAAUUUGUGAACACGUGAUAGAGCAAGUUUAUACUAUGAAAUUGUUCAAGUUAGAGUCUUUCCGUUUAUUUAAAACAUAGGAGAACUCUUAAGUUUAUCAGUAAUUGUUGAAACACCAGAAACUCUUGUAAAUAGGAAUCCAAAAAAGGCUAAAAAUAUUUUGUCUAUAGCCCCA